UUUACCAACACACAAUGCAGCCGCUGUUUCUUUUCCCUUCCGAAACUGUAUCAAAAACAACUUGUCAAUAGUUCUGAUCUCAACUCGCCGGAAAAAUCAAAACCCUGCCGGAAAACGCAGACGAAGUUAGCCGUCGCAGGAAGUAACGGGGGCUGAUCACUGCAGUGGUUAUAAUAAAAGCUUGUUGAAAUAGCAUCUGUUCUCAACCAUUGAUCGUUAUUUUGAUUAAACAAAGACAUGAGGAUUACCACCCUUUCGAGAUAUAUUCGCCGUCUCCCUUGGCCUGAAGCAUUUGUGCCUUUGCAACCUCGAGCUUUUCAUGCUGACGUUGUUACUAGAGAUUCUAAGGGCAAGCCAAUCAAGUACAAAAUUCCUCAAUCUUAUGACCCUUAUGGCCCUAGACCGCCACCUUCAGACAAAAUCGUUCAGCUCGCAGAACGAAUUGCAGCAUUAUCGGAAGAAGAACGCGGUCAUAUUAUGCCUGCUCUGUCAGAAAGAUUAAAGCUUCCAAAGUUGCAGCCAAUUUCAACAGAAGGCAUGGACUUGGGUUCAGACAGCGGUGCUGCUGGAGCAAAGGUCGAGGAGAAAAAAGCAGAGAAAACAGCUUUUGAUAUCAAGUUAGAGAAAUUCGAUGCUGCUGCCAAGAUCAAGGUGAUUAAGGAGGUAAGAGCAUUUACUAACCUGGGAUUGAAAGAAGCCAAAGAUCUUGUCGAAAAGGUACCAACCGUACUUAAACAAGGAGUCACGAAAGAGGAGGCAAAUACUAUUAUAGAAAAGAUAAAAGCUGCUGGAGGAGUUGCUGUUAUGGAGUAGAUUUUUCGGUUGUUGGAUUGUUGGCCAAGGUCACAAAUUUUUCUUGAUGGCCAGUGUGGUUUUUGGUGAAUGAAUGGUUAAAAGAAAUUUCUCAAGGCAUGAAGCAGAUUUAUGGGAUGAAACCUGAUUGUUGAUUAAUCUAUUUGAAUAAAAAGAUUCUUAGCCUGAGUUUUUCUGGUUAGUUACUCCAUCACAUAUAACUGUUGUGUUAUUAGUUUGACAUUUGUAACACACACAUCUUUUCUUACAAAUGAAAAUUUUCUGGAAUUAUAGGGAAAAUUUUGUAUGGAAUUUUCAUUUAGUUAUUUGAGAUUCUUGAGGCUGUCAUACUAAACUUGUUGGUCUUCUGUUUAGACUGAUGAACCUCUUAUCUAGAAUCAUGUCUUUUAUUUUAGAUUAUAUUUUAAUCUAGGCUUCUUCAUUUUUCUGGUUA